AUGGGGGACUCUUGGGACGUGAGCGCCGAUCUGCAUAUGAAGCUGGAGGCCGAUCCCGAACGGCUUUCGGACAUCGCGGAUGCCAUCGAGGAACUGGGAGCGCGUGAGGGGUGGCCUCCGGACUUCCUGUUCCGCAUGAACCUGGUGCUUGAGGAGAUGAGCCUCAACGUGAUGACCCACGGCCGGUCGGCCGGGGCGCACGAGCUGGAGGUCGUCGUGGUCUGCGAAGCGGACGCCGUUUCCAUCGAGAUCGUGGACGACGGGCCGCGCUUCGACCCGCUGGAAGACGCGCCGCUCCCGGAUCCGGACGCUCCGCUGGAGGACCGGCCGGUGGGCGGCCUGGGCGUCCAUCUGGUGCGCACGAUGAUGGACGAGAUCACCUACCGUUACCAGGAUGGCAAGAACCGCCUCUUCAUGCGGACCGCCAAAACCACCUAA